AUGCUGGAGUUUUACAAGGCACAUAGGAUACGCAUCCUGAAGGCAUCGUAUCUUGUGUUACUUGUCGUGACUGUGAAGAAUCUUGCUCAGGGAAAGGAUGCGGCAGAAAGAAAGGCAGCAGGAGAGCCGCAGGAUCGCAAGAAGCCCAGGUCGCGGGCGAACAGCGCGAUAAACGUUCACUACCUGCGGUCGCUGCUCGGCCAGACCAACGGGAUUGAGUCGAACUCGGACGAGAGCGCUGCUGAGAGCGAUGACGGUGACUAUGAUGGGCCGUCGGUUGAUCAGAAGCGUUCCAGUUUCCUGAUAAAGCUGUUGCUCCGGGACCCGCGAUGUUUACUGACGUUCUUGCUACAGGCGUCCCUGCUGGUGAUCAGGACGAUGCUUUCGCUUCGUGUAGCGACGCUGGACGGUAUUUUGGUUUCGAAGCUGGUGAAGGGGCAGUUCAGUGAGUUUGUAAAGGUGCUGUUGGGGCAGUGGAUGACUCUUGGGAUCCCUGCGAGUAUGGUGAACUCUCUGUUGACAUACACUACUCGCCUUUGUGCCGUGACGAUUAACCGGAAGGUCAGUUAUCAUUUGCUUGAUAAGUACCUUUCCUCCCAUCAUAGCUUCUAUUCCGUAAACAACUUGCCCAGUGACAAGAACAAAGCGCUCAGCCUAGCCAUGUCUGAAAGUAAGGAAAACUCGCCCAAUACCCGCAGAGAGGCUAACCCACCGAUCUAUGUUUCGGACAUUCCUGUACAAUUUCUAACGAGGGACGUGGGCGCGUUCUCUUACAAUGCCUCUGUUCUUCUCAACCAGCUGCUGAAGCCAACCUUGGACUUGAUCUUGUGUUCAUUUAAGCUUGCACAGAGUUCCAGCAGUGGAAUGAUGGCCGAAGGGACGCUGGUAUUGGGUUUGAUUGUUUACUUCAGUAAUUUAUGUUUGAAGCUCAUACAGCCCAACUUCGUACAGCUUACUGUCAAGCGGACACAUUUGGAGGGCUACUUCAGGUCAUUACAUUCCAAGUUGCGCUCAAGCAAUGAGGAGAUCGCUCUAUUCAAGGGUCAAAGUACCGAACUAUGGAAUUUGGAUUUCUCUUUCUACCAGCUAACAUUAUUCUUAGCCGGGGAGAUUAAAUCUAGAGCACUGUACGACUUUGCUACUAGCUUUGUGGUGAAGUACGUCUGGGGCGCUGCUGGCUUGAUAUUAUGCUCUAUCCCCGUCUUCUUUCGUUCUAAUAUGGCUGAGGAUGUCACCGCUGAUUUUAUCACCAACAGACGUUUACUGCUAACUGCGUCCGCAUCUAUUGGCCGCUAUGUCGAACUGCGCCGUAGUAUCCAGCAGCUAAAGGGAGAGGCCCUACGGUUAACAAAUUUCAAUGACAGGCUAGACGCUGGAAGUAGUUCGAAGACUGAUGGGAAAAAGGUCAUUAUAGAAUACGACGAUUCUAAGAUUCAAUUCGUUCAUGUUCCACUAGUGACACCUGCUAAUCAGGUCCUUAUCCCCGAACUUAACUUCGAGUUGAAGCAUGGUAACCAUCUAUUGAUUAUAGGUCCUAAUGGCUGCGGCAAGUCUUCUCUUUUCAGGGUCCUUGGGGGGUUGUGGCCUGUUUUGCAAUCGUUUACUAACCCUAAGAAGCCUACGAAGCUAAUCAUGCCGCGUAGAAAUGCUGAAAAUGGCGAAAGUCCGAUAUAUUAUCUCCCCCAGAGGGCAUAUAUGAGCAAUUUAUCGACUUUCCGGGAGCAAAUCAUUUAUCCUGAUAAGAUCAAUGCCUUUGAGAAGAAAUAUAAUGGCGACUACCAGCGUGGUGACAAGGAACUUGCUGAUAUACUUUCUGUUCUCGAACUAGACGACCUAAUCGCUGAGAAUAUGGCUCUCAUAAUGGCGAAGAGGAGCUCCACAGAAGGUUCUGGGCAGCCUACAGAGGUUUCCUUAACCGAGGCUUUUGGGAUUACAAGAAAUUGGUCCGAGGAGCUUUCAGUUGGCAUCCAACAAAGAUUGGCCAUGGCCAGAAUGUACUAUCACAGACCUAAGUUCGCGGUGUUGGAUGAAUGCACAUCCGCGGUGUCACCUGAAAUGGAGCAAAAGAUGUAUACCCAUGCACAGAGCCUCAACAUUUCAUUAAUCUCCGUUUGCCACCGUACUACGCUGUGGCACUUCCACAACCUGCUACUAAAGUUCGAUGGAAAUGGAGGGUACACUUUUGGCCCAUUUGACCCGGAGCAGCGCCUGACCGAUGAACAGAGGUUGGCCGAGCUCAACAAAAUUAUCGAACAAGACGUUCCCAUUUGGAAGAAGAAAUUGGAUGAAUUGGUUAUUGCUAAGAAGUCGAAUGUCCUUCGCAAAUCACAGACUAAUCUAAAGUCUCUACAAGAAUCGCGUCUACCCUUGAUACAGGGCAUGUCCCCAAUGACUAGUAAUACUUGA